CGCUGCUGAAUCGCAGACACGGCGGUCGCGGCCGCACCACAUCCUUUCUCCACAGCGGAGGGGAGGCUCAUGCUCUGCACCGCUACUCAUUCAAAGACGAGCUAAAACCGUUCCUUUUGGGAGCAUCUACCUGUCCGUAUCUCUCUUUCUCUCUCGGUAUAUGCGUUUCUGGAGCUGCCCUUCUACCGUAUGCAUCUUUUCCUCAUUCGCCAAUCGCCGUCGCGCUCCACGCCCCCAAGAUUCUCGAUAAGCAGGAGCAGCAGGAGCCCCUUGUGAAGAAAGAAGUCAUGGACGCCAUUGUCCUCAAGGAACAGCGCCUUGCCUUCCUUAAUUCCCUUUUCUGCGAGGGAUACCUUGAUGAGCAAUUCAAACAGGUUCAGAUGCUACAGGAUGCUAAUACACCUGGUUUCAUGGCAGAUCUAAUCACCUUAUAUUGUCAAGACUCGGAGAGGAUUUUAGCAGAGAUAAGCCAGGCAUUGAACGAAAAGCGACCUGACUUCCGAAAAGUUGAUGCUUCUGUUCACCAAUUAAAAGGCAGUAGUGCGAGUGUUGGUGCUCAUCAAGUUAAACUGGCUUGUAUUGAGUUGCGUUCACAUUGUGAACAAGCAAAUAAAGAUGGGUGUGUCAAAGCACUUAAUGUGGUUAAGCAACAGUUUUAUAUUCUAAGAAAUAAACUGGAAACACUAAUGCAGCUGGAGCAGAAAAUUCAGGUCCUUGCGGGCUCUCAUAUUUGAUCUUAUUUUUCUUCGUGUGUUAAUCUUAACAUCCUGCACCUCUUAUUUUCUGCUUUAAUCUCGUUUGCCAUCUAUGUAUAUUAUCUUUGAAUAUUAUUCUGAACUCAGAUACUUAUUACAUGUUCUUGUAAAUAGUAUGUUUUAUUAUGCAUUUUCAACCGGCA